UGUAAUAAGAAGCAGAGAAAGAAAAUAUACACUUUUCCUGAAAAUUUUACCAAAGAACACUAAUUGAAUUAACAAAAAUACCAAGGAUUUAUUAAUCCUGUAACAAAAUUAAGUAAAUUAUAAUAAGUUGCCGACAAAUAAAACAUGACACAGUGGUAAAACUGAUGAUUGUACUACUCCUUUAAACGUUAGUAAACAAUUACUAAAUACUCCAGACACAAAAUGGAUUAUUCAAGUUUUCAAACAUUUUUCAAAUUAAUUUGGCUUCUUUUGGCCACACCCUCUAUGUUGCCUUGGGGUGAUGCAGCUGCUUCUAGGGUAUUUGAGCUUUCAGAUCGCUUUAUAGAUGUGCGUCAUGAGGGUCAAUGGCUAGUGAUGUUUUAUGCUCCUUGGUGUGGCUACUGCAAACGCACCGAACCGGUGUUUGCUUUAGUGGCUCAAGCUUUACAUGCCACGAAUGUUAGAGUGGGUCGCUUAGAUUGCACAAAGUAUCCCGCUGCCGCCCGAGAAUUUAAAGUACGUUCCUAUCCCACUAUAAUGUUUAUUAAGGGUAACAUGGAAUACACCUACAGCGGUGAUCGCAGUAAAGAUGAGUUGGUAGAUUACGCCCUGCGUAUGAGUGGCCCACCUGUACAGUUGGUAACACGUACUGAAAGUGUGGAUAUGCUUAAAGGUUCGCACACGAUAUUUUUCAUGUUUGUGGGUUCGCAGGAGGGUGUGGUAUGGGAUACAUUUUAUGCUGCAGCUGAAAAUUAUCAGGAACAUGGUUUCUUUUAUGCCACAUCGGAAGAUGUUGCAGCGCAACACUUUGAAUUUGAAAAACUUCCAGCGGUUAUAGUCUACAAAGAAGAGCAACAUCAUUUCUAUCCACAUGCUCAUGUGGCUCAUGAAAUGGAUCCAUUAACUGUUAACGAAACCAUUCAUCAGUGGGUGAACCAAGAACGUUUCAUAGCUUUUCCCAAAAUAACUAGAUUUAACAUAAAUCAACUUUUAAAAACGAAUAAAUAUUUAGUGGUGGCUGUGGUGUCCGAAGAUAAACUUAGCCAAGUAGCUACUCAUGAGCUGGAGUUUCGUGAUAUGGUGGAAAAUGUUAUACGUAAACAUCGUGAUCGUUAUCAUGAUAAAUUUCAAUUCGGCUGGAUUGGUGAUCCCAGCAUAACUCACUCUAUUAUCAUGGAUGAACUGCCUACACCCCAUUUAAUAGUUAUUAACUCUACUACCCAACAGCACUAUCUACCCGAUGAUGAUCCUUUGCAAAUGACUCCUCAAGCUUUGCACAUAUUCCUAGAAGCUAUACACAAUGAAAGUGCCAUUGCUUUGGGCGGUGACACGUAUUUUGUGCGUCUCAAUCGUGCUUUAUUUGAAGGCAAAAAAGCUCUUAUAGAAAUGUGGCGUGGUAAUCCUGUAUUGACUUCUGUCAUAUUUGGUUUACCUUUAGGAUUUUUAUCCUUAAUACUAUAUUCCAUAUUCUGUGGCGACUGUUUGGUAGCCGAGGAUGAGGAAGAUGACCAUGAAAAGAAAGAAUAAUUACAUAAAGCCAAACAUACUAGAUCAACAAAAGCUACAUUAGCUGACCUGUUAGUAAAAGUAGUUAAAACAAAAUUGAUUAUACUGGUUUGUAAAUGCCAAAAUUUCUAGUCCAAUUUUUGUUCUUCUCCAUUGAAAAGAUCUCAGCGGAAAGAAAAAAACUCCAUUUUUUCAAUUUCAGUUUACAAAAAAUCUCAUUCUAUGUACUUUCAGUUUUCUUUUUCCUUUUUUUAGUUAAUAAGAUAAAAAUCAAGUUUUGCAAAAAGAUAGAAAUAAA